AUGCUUAAGACUUCCUUCAUCGCCAUGGCCGCCGCUGCCUGCCUCGCCAUUCUCUCCUACACCCCCAUGACCGAAGCCCACGUCGGUCUCCGCUCCCCCUGCCCCCGCUACGGCUCCUUUGCCGGCUGCCCCGCCCCUCCCAAGGGCCAGUCCGUCGACUAUGACCUCAACUCGCCCAUCGGUACCCACGACACCAUCGGCUCGCCCAUCUGCAAGCACACCGUCGCCGCCUCGAAGCGUCAGACCUUCAAGGCCGGCCAGACCAUCAAGACCGAGUACUCGAUCGGCGCCUCCCACGGUGGUGGACACUGCCAGUACGCCCUCUCCUACGACAAGGGUAAGACCUGGGUCGUCAUCAAGACCGUCCUCCGCGACUGCUUGAAGGGAACUGUCUCCACCUCGAAGUACUCUGUCAGCGUCAAGAUCCCCGACUCGGCUCCCUCUGGUAACGCCGUCUUCAUGUGGCUCUGGAACAACGCCGUCGGAAACCGUGAGUUGUACUCCAACUGUGUCGACAUCAAGAUCAACGGAAAGAACGGUGGUCAGAUCAAGGGUGUUGUUCCCCUUAUUGCCAACUAUGGUCCCAAGUCCCCCCUCAUCGGCGAGUUCCCCAACGCCAACCAGCCCGAUGGUAGCAACCUCUUCGCCAAGCGCAAGUCUAUCACCGUCAAGGUCGCCAAGGCCAAGUAA